AUGGCGGAAGCUGCUCCAGCCGGUGAUUCUCGUGGACGUGGCCGCGGCCGUGGCCGUGGCCGUGGUCGUGGCCGUGGCGGUGCCGAUGGUGGCAAGGAAACCUGGGUUCCCGUCACCAAGCUCGGCCGUCUUGUGAAGGAUGGCAAGAUUAAGAGCCUCGAGCACAUCUACCUGCACUCUCUGCCCAUCAAGGAGUACCAGAUCAUUGAUCACUUCCUGCCCGAGCUCAAGGACGAGGUUCUCAAGAUCAUGCCCGUCCAGAAGCAGACCACCGCCGGUCAGCGCACCCGCUUCAAAGCCUUUGUGGCUAUCGGUGAUGGCAACGGUCAUCUCGGCCUUGGUGUCAAGUGCUCCAAGGAAGUGGCCACCGCUAUCCGCGGUGCCAUGAUCCAGGCCAAGCUUGCCGUUAUCCCCGUCCGUCGUGGCUACUGGGGUAACAAGAUCGGUGCUCCCCACACCGUUCCCUGCAAGGUCACUGGCCGUUGCGGCUCUGUCCGUGUCCGCCUCAUUCCCGCUCCCCGCGGUUCCGCCAUUGUGGCCGCUCCUGCCCCCAAGAAGCUGCUCCAGAUGGCCGGUAUUGAGGAUUGCUACACCUCUUGCGGUGGCCAGACCGCCACCCUCGGCAACUUUGCCAAGGCUGCCUUCCAGGCCAUCAGCCGCACCUACACCUUCUUGACCCCCGAUCUCUGGGCCGAUAUCAAGCUCGAGGACUCCCCCUACGACGAGCACUCGGACUACCUGGCCAAGAACCACAAGACGGAGAGAGUUGGGAAGCCGGAACGUUUCCGGGACGUCUCACAACCGAGGAAAGCGGGCAGAGAGGAGUUGUCGGCGUCGGCGCGCCGGCCUGCUGGUGCCAGGAUGGGUGGGCAAGGAUCAAGACACGCCCAGAUCCAUGGCCCAGACUUGAGCGUCUUUGUUUCCACCUGGAACCUGGAAAGCGUCUACGAGCCCGAGCAAGGGGCAUCACAGCUCAACCAGGAAGCACAUCUCAGCGAGCUGAUCGACAAAGCCAUCGGUCCUGGUUACAAAGAAAUUUGUUGUCAAACCCUUUCGCCUCGAACCGACUCGACUUUUCUCACUCGGACAGAUUUCGAAGACGCGGUGGCGAGUGGCACUGCCAAGGAGUCUGGGAUCCGCCUCAUCAUCUAUGCGCGCGAGUCGGUGCUCGCCAAAUACGAGUGGGAAUCACACCUGCUGUUCCAGACUUGUGGUCGCUUGGACGGACUGUCUGGCAACAAGGGCGCGGUUGCCUGCACACUCAACUUGGGUGGCCUGCAUCUGGCCUUCAUCUCGGCCCAUCUCAAUGCACACAUGCAUGAGGUGGACCGCCGCAAUGGCGAUUACGCCCUCAUCACCCGGGAGCUUCAUGAUACCCGCGAUGCCUUUGGGUCAUCACCCAAGGUGUUGCAGCUCCACGACCAAGACUUCACAUACCACGUUGAGGUCAUGAACCGCCACCAUGUGACGUUUUGGUUUGGCGACCUCAACUAUCGACUUCAACCACUGCCCGACAUGCAAGCCAAGGAGGAAAUGAACAAGAUUGUGCUCAAGGCUAUCAAACGUCAAAAGUGGGACGAACUCCUAAGCUAUGACCAGCUACGUGCCCAACAACGCUCCAUGCUCAAGUGUGUAUCUGCUUCUGGGUCAUUGCGCCCAUGCUUGGGACCCUGUUCAAUUUGCUCAUCAUUGGCAACACACAGGGAUCGGUACAAUUUGAAGCGUGUGCCCUCUUACUGCGAUCGCAUUCUGUAUCGCGCCAUCCAAGGCGCCGCCGUCAAGUGCGAGUCCUACCAAAGCCAUCCCACAAUAUACACCUCGGACCACUUUCCCGUGAGCGGCGUGUACAAGGUGCUGUCGCCCCCUUUGGCCAAGAGCAGCAAAGAAGACGACAACGGCUGCUCGAUUACGUUUCAACACCUCUAUCUGGAAACGCACGACAGCUGCUCAUCCCUCAAGCAACCAACGGCUCCCGCUGUCAUCAUCGCCGGCCACCGGCUUGGUCGGGGCGUGGUUCAAUGCACUGCCCCUUGCACCACGACGCCUCGCCGUUGGGAGGAACGGCUGACCAUCACGUCCUCUGACCCACUUUCCGAGGUCAUGCGCUUCCCCGUCCUGUUUCAAUGCAAAAACUUGGAUGGUGCAGACUACACGAUGUCGUUCACCGGCAACAUGAUUCGUGUGGGCGUGUUCCUGUUUGCCAUGUACACGGCUUACACGAUCCGCUUGCAUGCGGUCAACGAGUACGGUGCCGUUAUCCACGAGUUUGAUCCCUGGUUUAACUUUCGUGCCGCCGAGUACCUGGUGGACAACGGCUGGGAAAAGUUUAGCACCUGGUUUGACUACCAAUCAUGGUACCCCAUUGGCCGGCCCGUCGGCACAACCAUCUACCCCGGCCUGCAGGUGACGGCUGCCUUCAUCUACAACUCGCUCCAGCAGCUCGGCUACGACGUGUCCCUCAACGAUGUUUGCGUGUACAUGCCUGCGUUCUUCGCCUGCAUUGCCUGCUCCUUCACCGCCCUGAUUGCAUACGAGACCACCCGGUCCUGGAACUGCGCCGUUGCGACCGCUCUCAUCAUGUCCAUGAUCCCGUCGCAUCUGAUGCGCUCCGUGGCCGGUGGCUUCGAUAACGAGUCGGUGGCUGUGGCCGCCAUCUGCUCCACCUUCUACCUCUACAUUCGCUCGCUCCGUGAUGAUGUGUCUUGGAUUCUGGGCAUCUUUACCGGCGUGUCCUACAUUUACAUGGUGGCCGCCUGGGGUGGCUACGUCUUCGUUCUGAACAUGAUUGGCGUCCAUGCCGGCCUCAAUGCCCUCUUCAACUACUCGACCCGCCUCCAGCGUGCCUACUCACUCUUCUAUAUCAUUGGCACUCUUGGUGCCAUCCAGUUCCCCGUCGUGGGUCUGGCUCCCCUUCGCUCCCUCGAGCAGCUGGGUCCCAUGGCCGUCUUUGGCUACCUGUUUGUGCGUGAGAUCUGCGAAAUGUACUUCAAGGCCAACCCCAACAUGACCAAGACUGAGCGCAACAAGUUUAUGCUCACUGCCUUUGGUGCCGCCGGUGCCUUGGCCGCCGUGGCCAUCGCCGUCAUUGUGCCCGAAGGCUACUUUGGUCCCCUCUCGGCGCGUAUCCGCGGUCUCUUUGUGCAGCACACCCGUACCGGUAACCCCCUUGUCGACUCGGUGGCCGAGCACCAGGCCACCCGUCCGGAGAUGUACUUUCAGUACUUCCACAUGACUUGCUUCAUCGGUCCCGUUGGCUUUUUCACCAUCCUACGCAAGCCCACCUACGCCACCGUUUUUGUCAUCCUGUACUCCCUGAUUGCUCUUUACUUUUCGCGCAAGAUGGUUCGCCUGGUGCUUCUCCUGUCGCCCAGUGCCUCGAUCCUGACCGGUAUUGCCCUCGGUUAUCUCGCCGAGUUUGCGAGCCAGCAGCUGGAGGAGGCCGACAGCGCUGCCAGCGAGGGCAACUCGGACAGCUCGGAUGCCGCCGAUGGUGAUGCCAAGAAGGGCAAGGGCAAGGGCAAGGGUAAGAAGGCCGACAAGGCCGGCGACGUGCAGAACCUCGAGACUCUCUCUGGCUUUAUGCAGUGGUGGAAGUCGCAGCGCACGAUCCGGGUGGGCGUGGCUCUGGCCCUCGUGGCCGUGGCUGCUCUCAUGUCCCUGGGCUUUUACCGCCACUGCAACAUGAUGGCCGUGCACCUGUCCAACCCCUCCAUUAUGAUCAAGGGCCGCACCCGUGACGGCAACGAGGUUAUGAUUGAUGAUUUCCGGGAGUCGUACUGGUGGCUUCGUGACAACACCCCCGAGAACUCGCGCGUGAUGGCCUGGUGGGAUUACGGUUAUCAGAUCAACGGUAUCGCCAACCGCACCACGAUUGCCGACGGCAACACCUGGAACCACGAGCACAUUGCCCUCCUGGGCCGUACCCUGGUCUCCAACGAGAAGGAUGCUCACGCCAUUGCCCGCCAUUUGGCCGACUACGUGCUUGUCUGGUCGACCCGCUUUGGCGGCAUGUAUGGUGAUGACAUGGCCAAGUCGCCGCACAUGGCGCGCAUUUCCGGCUCGGUGUACAGCGACAUCAACCCGCAAGCCUUUUAUCAGGAUGAGCGCGGUCAGCCCAGCCCGAUGAUGCGCGACUCGCUCAUCUACCGCCUGCACGGCCACCGCUUCAUCCCCAGCAUCCCCCCGCUCCAGUACUUUGAGGAGGUGUUCACUUCAAAGCAUAACAUGGUCCGCAUCUACAAGGUGAAGGAUGUGUCGGAGGAAUCGCGCAAGUUUUGCGACACUUAUCACACCUACCCUCCGGCGCUGAAGAGCAUUCUUUCCCAGAAGAAGGACUUUGAGCAGCUCGAGGACUUUAACCGCCGCAACAAGAAGCAGAAGAAGACGACCAAGUAA